CUGGUCUGCUGUCAGUUGGUAACUAUGAGUGUUGACGUUUGACACUCACAUCACUUACCAAACCCACACAAUAUGCCUGUUUUUACUCUAAACAUUUAAUGAUUUGACAAACGAAUGCCUUAAAAGUCAAUGAAAAUGUCAUCAAACCCUGCAGACCCGUGGAGAACUAUUGAACAGGACGAAUUUUACAGACUUUUUAUCAUAGAUGAAGAGAAACAGAAUUUAACUAAAAGCGCUGUAUCACACACUUUGGCUGUGUCCGAACAACUUUCAAAGCUGACUGAAGGUAUAACCAUACUAGAUAGUGAACUUCAUAAGCAAGUAUUUGAAAAUCAUGAAGACCUUGUUUCUCAAGCAACUUGGGUGGAAAGGCUCCAGUCAUUGUUGGCAGGAAUGCAUACACAGACUCAGUGUGUUUUGUCUGGAGUCGAGAGGCUAAGAGCUCGAAUAAUGGAGCCAUUUUCAAGGAUGGAAUCUCACACCUUGGUGCUCUCACGCCUCCAUGAAACUUCAGAUCUCUUAAGGCGGAUUGCUCGCCUUCAACAGCUCUCGAAAAAACUUCAAAACUGCCCUGAUCAUGUAAAAGCUGCAGCACUUCUUAAUGAAAUAGAUCAACUUUCUGAAGAUGUAGAUCUAUCUGGCCUGGAAAUUUUAGAAUCAGAUCAAGCAUUAGUUCAAAAACAUCGUUCAACCAUUCACAAACAAGCUCAAUCCAUGCUUAAAGAUGGUUUGGAAACCCUAAAUCAUCAAAAAGUUACCACUGCUGUUAUGGUAUUUAGCAAUCUUGGAAUAUUGAAUGCAGAGCUCAACAGAAUUUUGGAUACAUCUGUAUCUACUCUCUCCAGUGCUAUUUCAGAGGCAUUAGAUAUACAGGUUCUUACUCAGGCUCCUGUGUCAAAUGACUCCACCAAAAGUAGAGGCACACCAGGAAGAGUGGUUAUGCCAUCCCUAGGUAACAUUUCAUCUUUUAGAUCAAAACUAUGGUCUGCCCUUGAAAAUCUUUUUGAAAUUUCCAUUUACACUCAGUGCAGCCAGAUUGAAGUUUUGCGAGCAGUACUUCAUAACCAAACCAAUGAACUUGGGUGCAGAAUUCAAGUGCCCGAUGAAAAGAAAAGCAUGACUGAUACCUUUUGGACCAGGGUUCUGAAACUUUUAUCCCAAGAACUUGCCUCAAGUGCUCAGAAUUCUACAUACAUGAAGCAAGCUCUUGAGGCUGAAUUUCCAAAGUUGUUGCGUCUGUAUGUGGAUCUCAGAAAAAGACUCAUAAAUGCUCACAACAAGACUGUUGUUGAAACCAGUUUAAGUGAUUUAUCACCAGAUAGCUCCAAACAACCAUACCAAUUAGAGCGUGAACUUAUUGCUCCAUUUGAAAAUGCAUAUCUUUCACGAUCUGUCUCAAGAUUGCUAGAUCCUGUCAAUUUAAUGUUUUCUGAAACUAAAGCACCCACGCAUGAAAAUGUUGAUGGACUUGUCAGAACCAUUACAAGUGAAUUGAGUGUCUCUUUGGUUGAUGAAGCCUUAAGUAAAACUGUCUCUAAAAAUAUAAGCAAAGCUGUACACCUGUUCUGUAUUAAAUGUGAGCAACUGGUUGCAACUGGGGGUGAUGCAACUCAAGUUAUAGAUAUACCAAGCCAGGCCCAGACCUUGAAUGCCGCUGCUGCAAAUAUUCUGCACUAUCUAGCUGGACAGCUGGAGCGAGUUUUGAAUAAUAUGGGAGUAACUCUUGCAGCAGGACCUGCAGCUAUUGUGAGAGAAUCCCUUGGUGGUAUUGAAAAAUUAGUGACCACCCAAGUUUUAACUCCCCUUUUAACAUCAGUUGGGGAUGCAAUUGAAGCAAUUCUUUUAACUAUGCAUGACGAAGAUUAUGCUGCAGAUGAGGGUGCCAGUACAAACAGUUUGUAUAUGAAAGAACUUCACACUUUCAUUGGAAGGGCUAUAAAUUUGUAUCUUUCACCAUUUGAUGACCAGACCCUUGUGGUUAAGUGUUCAGUUUCUGUGGCUACUCGCUGUAUAGACCUUUUCUUACGUUUGGCUUCCCUUAUUCGACCACUGGGAAAAGUUGGUGUGGCAAAAUUAUCAUCAGACUUUGAAAAGUUGGAAUUAGCAUUACAACCUCUAGCAGGUCGGCAACCCCCCGCUGACUUGGGUUGGGGAAAACAUUUGAGAACAUUGCGUUCAUUAAGAACCCUUAUUGGUCUUCCUGCUAUUGAAGUGGCUACCAGUCCUGCAGUUGGAACUGCACUUCCUCAUAGUCUUGUCUUAACAGCCCUGUUCGCUCAGGCACCCUCUGACCUAUUGUCCCCACAUCAGAGUGCUGGAUGGUCUAUUAGCCGUCUAUCUCAGUGGCUUGAUUCCCACCCGGCAGAGCGAGAUCGCCUCCAGCUUGUUGGAGGAUGUCUUCAACGUUACCAGCAGGCAGUACGUCAAUCUGGCCAGGCAGAAUUCCAUCCUGUUUAUCCAAUAAUGGUUUCUUUAUUGGAAGCUGGAAUGGCGCUGUGCUCCUCCUAAUGUAAGUCAACUAGACCCAUUACUUUCUUAGCUGUGCUGCACCAAUAAAAUUGUUCUGUUGUGUCAUGUUACCACAUGUUCCAAUCUAUCCAAAUCUUUCAAAUAUAUUUUAGAACAAAAGAAAUAA